AUGGGCCACCUCAAGGCUCCGAAGCUCAGGCUGUCCCGCGAGUCGUUCGGCCUUACCAACCAUGUCUAUUACGACCAAUAUGACCCGAAGAAGGGCGGCCGGCAGGACUCGAGGAAGUCCAUGGCCAACCUGGAUUACUCACCCUUGAAACGAGUAACCUGGCAGUCCUUCUGGAUGGGCUGUCUCAUCUCCAUGGGAGGUCUAAUCUUUGGCUACGAUACUGGUCAGAUCAGUGGUUUUUUGGAGAUGCCAGAUUUCCGAGAAAGAUUUGGCCAGCGUCACGAUGACGGAACAUAUUAUUUCAGCAACGUCCGGUCAGGUCUCAUUGUGUCACUGCUUUCAAUCGGUACCUUGAUUGGUGCUUUGGUCGCCGCUCCCGUUGCCGAUAGCAUUGGCAGAAGACUGAGUGUCACCGUAUGGAGUAUCAUCUUCGGCAUCGGUAACAUCGUUAUGAUCUCGUCAGAUCGGCACUGGUAUCAGAUGAUGAUGGGCAGAUGGGUUGCUGGUCUCGGUGUCGGCGCCCUGUCCCUGAUUGUGCCCAUGUAUAUGUCUGAAACCGCACCUCGUCAUAUCCGUGGUGCUUUGAUCAGUGAAUACCAGCUAUUCAUCACCCUUGGUAUUUUCCUCGCCGCUUGCAUCAACUUCGGCACCUAUGAACACCAACGGGGCAAUUCCGGCUCAUGGAGAAUUCCCAUGGGUGUUGGCUUCCUUUGGCCCAUGAUCCUCGGUGGCGGCAUCCUUCUAUUCCCCGACACGCCCCGUUAUCUCUACCGCAAGGGACGAGUAGAAGAGGCCAAGCAGGUCAUGCUUAAGGUCUACGGCGCUCCCCCGAACCACUACAGCGUACACGUCGAACUGGAGGAAAUCGGUGCUCAGCUCCGCGCCGAAGCGCGCAAGGAAGGUGUCAUACGCGAAUGGAUCCACAUGUGGUCUGCACCCAAGAUGGCCUACCGUAUCAUCCUGGGCAUGGCUCUGCAAACGUUCCAGCAACUGACGGGCGCCAACUACUUCUUCUACUACGGCACCACGAUCUUCCGAGCCACGGGCAUCAACAACUCGUUCGUCACCCAGAUGAUCUUGAACGGCAUCAACUUCGGCACCACCUUCUACGGCCUGUACAUCGUCGAGCACUACGGUCGUCGCAAGUCGCUCAUCGUCGGCUCCUGCUGGAUGUUCAUGAUGUUCAUGAUCUUCGCCAGCGUCGGACAUUUCUCCCUGAACCGCGACGACCCACCAGCCACCGAGUCGAGCGGAACCGCCAUGAUUGUCAUUGCCUCGUUCUUCAUCUUCGGCUUCGCCACCACGUGGGGCCCCAUGAUCUGGACCAUCGGCGGUGAGUUGUAUCCUUCGCGCUACCGGGCCAAGGCCAUGGCCCUGGCCACCGCCGCCAACUGGCUCUGGAACUUCUUGAUCGCCUUCUUCACCCCCUUCAUCACCGGCGACAUCGACUUCCUUUACGGCUACGUCUUCGCCGGCUGCAACCUGAUCGGCAUGCUUCUCGUCUACUUCUUCGUCAUGGAGGGUCAGGGUCGUACCCUGGAAGAACUCGAUGCCAUGUACAUCCUCGGCGUCAAGCCCUGGAAGAGUUCAACCUGGGUCGCUCCUCCGCCGGAAGAGAUCGCCGCCAUCCGGAGACGCGCGGGAACCCAUGAAGACGUCGCCGAGGCCGGAGAGGCUGGAACCAACCCGGCCACCGCCCCGGUCCGCCCCAGCGAGGAUGAAGCAAGCACAGAAAAGGAGGCUGAGCAUCGCGAAUAA